AACUGUCAUUUUAAAGACAUUGAUUUUAUUGCAUAACAUUAUAUUUGUUCAUUUCUUUAACUGAACGUUUACUUAGAGAAUUUGCCGGUUUUUAGCUACUAUUCAUAGUAGAUUUUUACUCUUAAAUUUCGACUAUUAAAAUGUUCGCCACACGCAGGGCUGGUACUUUAAUAUGGAGUGUAGGUGCAUCUCGUCAAAAGCACUCCCUACCAGAACUUCCUUAUGAGUACAGUGCUUUGGAGCCUGUAAUCAGCCGUGAAAUCAUGAGCCUUCACCACAGCAAACAUCAUGCAACAUAUGUGAAUAACUUAAAUGCUGCAGAGGAGAAACUCGCUCAAGCUCAGUCUAAAGGUGAUAUUCAGACAGUCAUCAAUUUAGCUCCGGCUCUUAAGUUCAAUGGUGGUGGUCACAUCAACCACACCAUUUUCUGGCAGAAUCUUUCACCUAAAGGAAGUAAACCCUCUGAUGCUCUCAACAAUGCCAUUGAAAAAGACUUUGGAUCAUGGGAUAAUAUGAAAAAUCAAUUGGCAGCAGCUUCUGUAGGUGUACAGGGCUCGGGAUGGGGCUGGCUUGGCUACAAUAAGCUGAUGAAGAAACUGCAAAUUGCCACGUGUCAGAACCAGGAUCCUUUGGAAGCAACUACAGGAAUUGUACCACUCUUUGGUAUUGACGUUUGGGAACAUGCCUACUACUUACAAUACAAGAAUGUCAGAGCUGAUUAUGUAAAAGCAAUAUUUGAUGUCGCCAACUGGCAAGAUGUUUCAGCGAGAUUUGAUAAAGCUCUUAAGUAAAUGUGUUUAUUAUAAACCGCAUUUUGUAAUCUCUUAGUUGCGCUGGCUUAAAAAGCAAUAUGCAAUUUAGACAUUAGACUGUACCUUGUGAUGCAUUCAUAAGCUUAAAAAUAUAUAUAAUAAACUCUAAAUAUGAAA